AUGGUUGAGGUACUUAAGGAUAAAGGGAAGAAAAGAAUGAAAUCAGGCACCUCUCGGUUAUUCGAACUUUUGCCAGAUCCGUAUGACAUUUCGCAGAGACGAUUUUUUCGCGUUUGUUUGUUUACCGAUGUGAAGAAUGCUUCCGAAUUGAGACAAGCACUAGUUGAUGGAUCAAUCGAUGCUGCUUUGAUCAAACCUGAAUUGGUUUUGGAGGUUUUCACACUUUUAGCAGCAGCAAAUAAAGCUGUUCACCAAGCUGCACAUAAUCGACUUUCAGCGCGAACGCUUCAUGCUGAACUGAUAUACUCUUUAUCACCUGACCGUAAUAUAUUAGAAUCAUUAUUAACAUUUGGAAUUGCGGAAGAAAGUCGUAACCUUUUGGUUGGUAUUUUUGACGACGAAAGUGGUGAAAAAAUGGUUAAAGUGGCAAAGAAAAUUGAUGGCAAACCAGUUCCGAUGACCAUAUUACCUCAGUUGGCGGAUUACGAGCGUAUUAAAAAGUUAUAUAAAGUGAAGGAAUCCGAAUACAACGAAGAAACAAUAAGUGACGCAAUAAUAACCCGAAUUGCUACCAAAGAUUGCAUUUAA